AUUAACAAAAUCCCUCAAAUACUAAAACAAAUAAGGGUAGAUCAGUAAAAGCAUUUACAGUGUCUGUUAGAAAAAGCACCCUAUAUUAUUUCAUAAAUUAGUUAGUGUUUUUUCAGUUAUAGGCCCCAAAAAGUUGGCGCGUAAUACAAGUGUGUGUGAUGGUAAUACCGUUUAAACUCCUAGCUUCAUGGGAUGCCCUUCACUCUCUCAUCUUCUUCCUCUCUCACCAAAUCAACCAUACCUCUCAAACUAAUAAUCCAAACUGAAAAAACCAUAUUCCUCUUUUGCUUUAUCCCAAUCUCAAAAUCUCCAUGCAAAAAAAAAAAUUACAGAAAAAGGAAAAAAAAAGGUUCAUUUUUUCUCAAAAUCUGAACGAUUUUACAGAUACCCUUUUCUUCUCACAGCUAAGAGAUGAGAAGGGCUUUGUGUAAUUUUGAAAUUAUUGGCCUAAUUAUAUUUGGAAAUUCAUAAACUUUAUUGGUAUAUUGGAAAAGUGUGUACAAACUACAAAGUUGUAUUGUGUGAAUUUUCCUGUUUUGUAAAUUUACAUGUAAUGAAAAGACAGAAUGUUCAUAGGUUUCUUCUGUAAAUGAGGGUCAGCUUCAUUUGAGACCAUGAAUGGUGAGUUUCCUGAUUCUUCUGACCAAUAUUUCUUUCAAGGCAGAGGAAAUGUUGGGUCAGGAGAUAAGGCUGUUGUUGUGAACCGAAAUGCCAACAAUAUUUCGAUUCAGACUGGGGAGGAAUUCUCAGCUGAGUUUAUGCAGGAUCCAACUACAUUAAGAAGAUUAACACCUGUUAAUACUAAUGUUAAUCAGCGUUCUUCUAGGAGAGUUGGUUUUAAUCUUAAUACAACUAAUCAUGAGCCAGUUUAUGAUGAUCGAAUGAGCAUUUUCGAUACUAAAAGAAUGGAUCCCGAAUACAAUUCAGAAGCCUCAGAUUUUGGUUCUAGUCCAGGGUAUAUUGCUGAAUUGGAUCAUAAGGUUUAUCCCAACAAUUUAAGCAGAUACCAUUGGGAAUAUGGUGGUGCUAAGGUUGGUGAUGAUUUGAAUCGUGGUGAUCGAAUUGUUGCUGGGCCAAAUACUCCACACUAUUAUGGAGAAUCACCUCAGUCAUAUCAUCACCAUGUGUUUGUUCCUGGUUUCCCUGAGUGUCCAAAAUCUGGAAAGGCGAAAUUUCUUUGCAGUUUCGGGGGAAGAAUUAUACAAAGGCCGAAUGAGGGGAAGCUUAGAUAUGUUGGUGGAGAUACAAGGAUUCUAUCGAUUAGGAAGAACAUAACAUGGGAAGAAUUGGUGAAGAAGACUUCAGCAAUCUGCAACCAACCUCACACAAUCAAGUACCAACUUCCCGGAGAAGAUCUUGACUCUCUUAUAUCUGUUUGUUCAGAUGAAGAUCUUCAUAAUUUGUUGGAGGAGUAUCAAGAACUAGAGAGAAAUGGGGGUCCUCAAAGGCUGAGGAUCAUACUUGUAUCUUUGAAUGAAACUGAGAGCCCGGGUUCUGCUGAAGCCAGGACAAUGCAGCCAGCCAGUAGUGAGUAUCAUCAUCAGUAUGUUGUUGCUGUCAAUGGCAUGAUGGACCCGAGUCCACGGAAGAGUUCAAGUGGGCAAAGUUUGACGAGCCAGUCUAGCCAAUUCGGAAAUAACUCAGAUUAUAGUCCAAGUUUUUGUAGAGGCUCUCCUACAGCAGCAUAUGCAAUGGAGAAUAAGGAUUGUAACAGUCCAAACUCUUCAAACUUGGUGGGAUUUUUCGGAAGACCUGUUUCUCACUUUUCUACUAAACUUCCUCCAAGCAAGUCCUACAGUCAUCUCUCUUCCAUGUCACAUAUUCCAGUUCAACAUUUGGAGCCUGAGAAUACUAAUUUGCACUAUUAUAUGGAUCAACCAUAUAAUGUUGGUAAUGGGGAAGGAACUAAUCCUUUUGUUACAGGAAAAUUCUCUUGUCAAGAUUCCAAUUAUGUUGAUGCUGUUGAUUAUUAUUAUACCGGGCCGUCACAGAUGAAUUACCAUGCUUAUAACAAAUAUAUGGUGGAUUCUGAGCAGCCUAGCAGACCCCAACAAAUGGGAUUUCAUCAAAGAAGCAGAAGUGGAGAUUGUGACUUUUCUGCAGUGAAUCCUCAAAGUGGCAUGAAAUCUUGGAGACCAAUGAUAAAGGAAGGAGAAUUCUCUGAAGACUCUCUUGGUUUGUUGCCAGCAACAAAUGCCAAAGAAGGUUUUAGGAACAAAAUAAUGCAUGCUCUUUCCGAUUCAAAGUUGCAGGAACUUAACCGAACAUCCUCAGAAGGAGUCUUCACCAUGCCUUUAUUGAAUGCUUCUGCUUCUUCGAAAGAUUCGCCAACUCAACAGGAUCAGAUAGCCAACAAGUUGCCCCAAGUGGAUGAAUAUGAGAUUCAGUCAUCGGCCAAGGCGCCACAUUAUUAUGAUGGAAAGGAGAUGGUGAAUUGGACAAACACUAAUAAAGCUCUUGAUGAUCAUUAUAGGAGAGAAUUCGGAGAAAAUGCUGAAGUUAAUGAUUCACCACAGAUUAACUAUGUUCAAGUUCCUGAAGGACUAAUGUCCACUUCAUUGGACAAGAGAAUAAGCAGUCAACCAGUUCUUGAUGGUACUCAUGAAGUUGGUGGCACAGAAUCCUUUUUCCAAAGCACUAAAUCAAAUUCACUUUUCUAUUCAGAUAAUGAAGUAGUACCUUGCCUUGAUAAAGAUCAUGACAUUGAAAACUCAAGUCUUAGCAAAGAAUUCAAUGAGAUGGCUAAGUUUGAUGAGUCUAUCUCUAUGCAUUCAUUUGAAACUUAUCAUGACAAUGAGGCGAAAAAAUCAACAACGGUUAUUAUUGAAGAUGUAACUCAUGAAAUAUCUCACGAAAUCCCGUCCUCUUCUAACAUGUAUGCAGAAGAUGAAGCUACAGAUGAAUGUAAAUCUAUUCAAGGAGAGGAAGAGAGUAUGGCAUCCGAUCAUGAGGAUGAAAAUGGCAGUGACACAGAUAGGAAUGACUCUAUGAGUGAUGCUGCAAUUGCUGAGAUUGAAGCUGGUGUCUAUGGUUUACAGACCAUAAAGUAUUCUGAUCUUGAAGAACAGCGAGAGUUGGGAUCCGGUACAUUUGGAACUGUUUAUCAUGGGAAGUGGCGAGGAACAGACGUAGCUAUUAAGAGAAUCAAAAAGAGUUGUUUCUCUGGAAGAUCAUCCGAGCAAGAACGGCUGAUUAAGGACUUCUGGAGAGAGGCAAGGAUUCUAUCAACUCUUCACCAUCCAAAUGUGGUAGCAUUCUAUGGAGUAGUUCCUGAUGGGCCGGGGGGAACAUUGGCAACUGUAACCGAGUUUAUGGUGAACGGUUCCUUGAGACAUGUUUUGCUAAAGAAGGACAGAGUUCUUGAUCGUCGAAAGAGGCUUAGAAUUAUAAUGGAUGCAGCUUUUGGUAUGGAAUAUCUUCAUUUGAAAAACAUUGUUCAUUUUGAUCUGAAAUGUGACAAUUUGCUUGUCAAUUUGAGGGACCCCGAAAGACCAGUAUGUAAGGUUGGAGAUUUUGGAUUGUCGAGAAUCAAAAGAAACACACUUGUAUCUGGCGGUGUUCGGGGAACUCUUCCAUGGAUGGCACCAGAACUAUUGAAUGGAAGCAGCAGCCGGGUCUCUGAGAAGGUUGAUGUGUUCUCGUUUGGUAUUGUAAUGUGGGAGAUACUAACUGGGGAAGAACCUUAUGCUGACAUGCAUUGCGGCGCUAUAAUAGGGGGAAUUGUAAAUAACACACUUCGGCCUACUAUUCCUAAACGUUGCGAUUCAGAAUGGAGAAAGUUAAUGGAAGAAUGCUGGUCUGCUGAUCCUGAAGCUCGACCAUCGUUUACAGACAUAACAGAUAGACUACGCGACAUGUCAACAUCAAUUCAGAAAAAUAAGAGACAGGAUCCUUCUUCAACUAGAUGAGUCCUAGAAUAAUUCUCAUGUAACUAAUGUUUAGUACUCUACACAAACAUAUAGAUAAAACAAUUAGCUAAUUAAUUAUAUUCCAAAAAUCCAAAAAAAAAGAGAACUAUUUGUAAGAAUAUGACAUCCUUGUAUACUGAUGAAUAUGUGAAUAGAUUCAUAACUGAUUUUAAGACA